CUACAAUGUACCGCAGUACGGGGUAGUGAGUCAGACUGUCUCGUGGUGGUGUGAAAAUGCGAGCAUCCAUCAAGGAACACGAUUAGUGUCGAAAGAACAUGGCAAACAACGCGUUUCGUGACAAAAAAUUAUAUAGGCUGUAACAUUUGAUCUAAUAGAAGGAUGUCCCUCGAAUUCCGCCAUUUCGAAACUCGUGAGAUUCGAGUGUAUCUAUAGGCAACGUGGUGAUCUGCGUAAGAAUUGGAUCGCGUGAGCGUGCGUGGCAAACAUUCGCGUUGCGACGCAAUCAAGGAACAGUUUCGUGUUAAGGACGAAAGAACAUUGAAGUUACUGCUGUCGGAUGACCGUGACCUUCGUUCUCCUCUCUCUCUCUCUCUUUUUCUUUCUUUUUCUCUCUUUCUUUCUUCUCUCUCACUCUUACCAUUGAAUGAACACCAACCAAGCAUUUUAUGACGUAUUUAGGUCAGUCGCGGAUACGACGAAGCAAGUUAUCGUUUCUCAGUAUUGUUGGCGUUGACGUUGAGUGCGGAUCGGUGAAAACCGCAAGAGGAUCAAUUGCAAGCGUCGCAAGCAUCUUUAAUCGGCCAUGAUCAUCUUACAAAAAUGAUCUUCGUAGUACCAGAAAGGCGCGCGCAUUCAUCAUUCCCUUCUCGUCAGCUGAAAAAAGCGCGAAUUUCAAAACGAGCAAAACGAAUCGUUGACGAGAAAUUCUUGUUACGAUCGAAGAUAUAAAAGUCAUUUGAUGUAUCUCCGAGACGGAGGAUAAGGACAGAGUAUUUUCUGGGAAUAACGUCGAAAAGGACGUUCAUGAUUAGACCGGUGGUUAUGACGAUCGAAAUAAAAAAGAAUCUAUACGAUGUUGUUAAUUCGAUUUUGGAUAUAACUUCUUUAAUACGAAUAUCAACUGAAUAAGAUCUGUCAAGAGAAAAUUGGAUCGUUUUAUAAUUACGCAAGAUUUGUUAAUAAUUCGUAUUAUCUUUAUCGUUUAUAAAGAGAGAUAACAUAUAUACAUAUAUAUAUAUAUAUAUAUAUAUAUUAUAUUUGUGUUAACGAUCGAGACGGUAGUCGUGGAGCGACAAUGUCUAAUUUUUAAAGAAUUUAAUACGAUUACGACGUUAAUCCAUUUUAUCUAAUCGUUGAGACGAAAGAUCGAAGAACAUCUUUGUUGAAACCGGGCAUCAUUGCGUUACUUUGUUAUGUGCCUGAUCAUUCUCGUUGAAAAUCAUAUCUUUGUUGAACUUUAAAAAAAAAUGAUCGAAGACGAUCAUGAAAUUUUACGUCGACUCACGUCGUUCUAUAACCGUAAGAUUCGUUCAAUAGUUACUACACGUAGGAGAUUACGAUUCAGAUUUUGAAGUUACUUAAUGAAUGUUAAAAUAAAUAUUUAAAGAAGAAAAAAAGAAAACGGAAUAUUAAUAAUGCUCUACAAGUAACGAGACAAGAAACAGUAAUAAAUAUAAAUGAGAUCGUUAACACUUUUCUUCGUUGUUAUUUCUUGCGAAAGAUCGAUGAAAGUUAUUUUCACAAAUUGAAAAUUCCUGUAAGAAUCGUAGAAAGAUAUCUACUUUUUAUGCAAAUUGAAUAGAAUGUUCGAUAAUAAACAGAAGUGAGCUACGAGCUCGAAUAAUACAUUUCUCUCUUUCUCUCUCUCUCUCAACAUUUUUCAGACGAUUAUUAUCUAAAAGGGAUAAAACGAGAAGAAAGUGAAAUAGGGAAAAAAAACGAAAGAAAUAAAAAGAUAGAAGAGAGAAUAAGUGGACAUCGUGAACACUUAAAGAUAAUAUAUAUACGAAGGAAGAGAAAAAUUUUAAAGUAUAGGUGCACGUCGAAAAGCUUAAAUUCCGGUUGGACGGAGAUUCAUCAUGAAAGGAAGCGCUACGUGCGAUCGAUGUAAUCGAUGCCCGGAUCAAAGAGCAAAGUGGACAAGCAGAAGAGAGGAGCGCCUAAGAUCGAGAUAUCUGUCACGGGGUUAUCGAACGAGGAGAGCAAAGUGAGACUGUCAGAAAGGAAACAAAAGAAAAAACAGGAGGAGGAGAAUCGAUCGAACGAAUCAACGAUCGGACAAAUUCUUGGGCUUUUAAAAAAGCGUCGAAAGCCUCGGGAUCCUCUUCCGGGUGCAAACGCAUCCUCAACAGUGCCCUUGCUCGAAAUGGGUGCUCGUGGAUGGGAUUAUGAGGCCUUGCCGGAAUUACAUACUUCAACGGCGGUUACGCCAACGUCGACCCCACCAAAUGCUCAACAAAAAUCCCACUCGCCGAGGGUUUACUUCCAAGCUGAAAAUCUGGCUACUACUAGAAGACGAAGUAGUUCAAAACUACUUGCUCCACAGACAUCAUGUAGAAGACGAAGUCGAAGCAUGAGCGCAUGGAGCGAUCUAUCAAGGUCAUCUUUCAGAUUGGACGAAAGAGUUCGCGUCGAGUACUACGUUAACGAGAAUACCUUCAAAGAACGACUUCAGUUGUAUUUCAUCAAGAACCAACGUUCGAGUUUAAGGAUACGACUCGCCAAUCUUUUCUUCAAGUUACUGACAUGUUUCCUCUACAUAUUCAGAGUUAUAAUCGACAACGAUCCGACAUUUGCAGCAUGUUACGGAUGUACGCCCGGAAACAAAACGGAGUUUCUUGCAUCCCAGAAUCUCACCGAAGAAGAGUUUCAGGAGCAUCCAACCAUCAACUGGGAUGCGAUCCUAUGGGUAAGAAGACCUUUGGAGCUUUGGAUAGUACAGGUGAUCCUGGCGAUGGUAUCGCUCACGGAAGCUUUACUACUUGCUUAUCUUGGAUACAAGGGUAACGUCUGGCAGCAGCUUCUAUCGUUCCACUUCAUAUUGGAGUUAGUCAACACUAUACCUUUCACGAUUACGUUGCUAUACCCGCCUAUGCGAAAUCUUUUCAUCCCGGUAUUCUUAAACUGUUGGUUGGCUAAACAUUCAUUGGAGAAUAUGUUUAAUGAUUUGCACAGAGCUAUGCAAAAAUCCCAGUCAGCUUUGAGUCAACAGUUGAUGAUCCUUAGUGCAACGUUACUGUGCCUUGUCUUUACUAGCGUAUGCGGGAUCCAACAUUUUCAAAGGGCAGGGCACAGGCACUUAAAUCUGUUUCAGAGCACGUAUUUCGUCGUCGUAACAUUUUCUACGGUAGGUUACGGAGACUUCGUGCCCGAUAUUUGGCCCUCGCAGCUUUAUAUGGUUAUCAUGAUUUGCGUCGCUCUCAUAGUAUUACCAACACAGUUCGAACAGCUGGCUUUUACCUGGAUGGAACGACAAAAGUUGGGUGGCUCUUAUUCGUCUCACAGGGCGCAAAGCGAAAAACACGUAGUCGUUUGCAGUACGACGCUACACGCUGACACCAUCAUGGAUUUCUUAAAUGAAUUCUACGCUCAUCCCUUAUUGCAGAAUUAUUACGUCGUUCUCCUAUCUCCGAUGGAACUCGACACGACGAUGAGAAUGAUCCUGCAGGUGCCAAUCUGGGCGCAAAGAGUGAUUUAUAUUCAGGGAUCCUGUCUGAAAGACGGUGACCUAGCAAGAGCUAGGAUGAACGAGGCGGAAGCUUGUUUCGUCCUUGCUGCGCGAAAUUACGCUGAUAAAACGGCUGCCGACGAGCACACGAUACUAAGGUCGUGGGCGGUAAAGGAUUUCGCCCCGAACGUUCCACAGUACGUUCAGAUCUUCCGUCCGGAGAACAAGCUCCACGUGAAAUUUGCGGAACACGUUGUUUGCGAAGACGAGUUCAAGUAUGCUCUUUUAGCGAAUAAUUGUACGUGUCCCGGCGCAUCGACCUUGGUCACACUCUUAUUACAUACCUCGAGAGGACAAGAGGGGCAACAGUCGCAAGAAGAAUGGCACAGGCUAUACGGCAAAUGUUCCGGCAACGAGAUUUACCAUAUAAUCCUCGGAGAUUCACGAUUCUUUGGGGAAUACGAGGGCAAGUCCUUCACCUACGCAUCCUUUCACAGCCACCGGAAAUACGGCGUUGCGUUGGUGGCCGUCAGACCGGCCGAACUUCCCGAAUUUUACGAAGACACCAUUCUCCUCAAUCCCGGUCCUAGGCACAUAAUGAAAAAGACAGAUACUUGCUAUUACAUGAGCAUUACAAAGGAAGAAAACUCAGCGUUCGUUGUGGCAAAUCAUCAGAGUGGUGGUGCCGAACCUGCUCAAGUAGUCGUAGAGACGAAAACUGAUGCGACUUCUGGUAGUACAACGGGUAGUGGCUCAACAACGAAUACUAACGCAACGACGAAUACAACUACAACGACGAUGACUUCUUCGUGCAUAGCAACUACGACAACUACCACUACAACAACCACGAUGACCAUUUCGAUGAGCUGCAGUAUGCCAGGAACCGGUGGUUCAACAGGAGGUGGAGGUGGUGGAGGAGGAGGAGGAGGAAGUGCUGGGAACGGUACUGCAAUGAGCCACGGUGCUGCCGAACAGCACCGGCCAUUUUCCAACAGUUGUAACGUUGCUCUCAGCGAAACAUCCUCAAGGCAGGAUACCUGCACGGGGCCCCGAGGACAGCAGGCUCGUACCACGAACGGUACCACGCCCGCGAAUGCUCCCAGGGCCCCGUUACCGCCACAGGUUAUUUUGCAGGUCCUCCCUAGCACGCCCACACCACACCAACACCACCUACUCGCAUCCGAUAUCCACCCUACUUAUCUCGAUCCCGGAGGGUUGGGAGAUUCUAGACAACACUUAAAAGAAACUUGCUCUACUCCGCAAACACCGAUUACGGGAAAUCAUCUUGAUGUACCGCGUUCUCUCGAUCCUAAUCCCAAUCUUCUCAGUCCAGAAAUUCUCACUCAAAGGAGAGGAAGCAGAAGGCCAAGUAUCCUACCUGUGCCUGAUAUGUUAACGGGCUCAACCUUACAUCUACCAGGGCAAGAAUCCUUGGAUCAUGAAGGAGACGAAUCUGAGGAUGAGAUGGAUGAUGAUGUUCCUUGGAGAUCGCCAAGUGAAAAGAUAGCAUUCAAAGGGAUAGUCAAGGGUUUUCCACCGGUAUCGCCUUUUAUCGGAGUUUCUCCUACUUUGUGUUACCUUUUGAAGGAAAAGAAACCCCUUUGCUGUCUACAAUUAGCUCAGGUUUGCGAGCACUGCACCUAUAGAAACGCUAAGGAAUAUAACUGGCAGAACAAAACAAUAAUUCUCGCCGCCGACUAUGCCAGUAAUGGAAUUUACAACUUUAUAAUUCCUCUACGAGCACACUUCAGAUCGAAAACAUCGCUAAAUCCUAUCAUUCUCCUUCUUGAGAAAAGACCAGAAAUCGCUUUUUUGGACGCGGUAUCAUAUUUUCCCCUCGUGUAUUGGAUGCUGGGAUCCAUCGAUUGUUUGGACGAUCUUCUUCGUGCUGGCAUCACUUUAGCGGAAAAUGUCGUCGUUGUGAACAAGGAACUGAGCAAUUCCGCAGAGGAAGAUACUUUGGCCGAUUGCAAUACCAUCGUCGCGGUUCAAACGAUGUUCAAAUUCUUUCCAAGCAUAAAGAGCAUAACAGAAUUAUCCCAAUCGAGCAACAUGCGUUUCAUGCAGUUUCGGGCACAUGACAAAUAUGCUCUUCAUCUCAGCAAAAUGGAAAAGGUACUCCUCAGUGCUACUUCCGGUGACAACUACCACAAUGAGCCUCCGAUGGGCUCUCCGAGAGAAAAGGAGAGAGGAUCUCACAUAUCGUACAUGUUCCGAUUGCCAUUUGCCGCUGGUAGUGUCUUCAGCGCCUCUAUGCUUGAUACUCUCUUAUAUCAAGCUUUUGUCAAGGAUUAUGUAAUAACAUUUGUAAGAUUACUACUUGGGGUCGAUCAGGCCCCUGGAUCUGGAUUUCUAACGUCGAUGAGAAUAACAAAGGAUGACAUGUGGAUACGAACUUACGGCAGAUUAUAUCAAAAGCUUUGUUCAACUACCUGUGAGAUUCCAAUUGGUAUUUACAGAACGCAAGACACAACAGUAUCGGAUACCUCGCACGGCGACUCAGACGCAGAGAGCGACGCCGGCGUCGGCGUGACGUACAAGGUGCGUCAUUCGGCGGCAGCAUCAUGCCUUGCAAAUUGCUCCACCCGUGACAAGGGUACUUCAACCUAUUCGGUGAGUCUUGGCGACGAAGCACGCGACAACCAUGCUCAACAAAUCGAGAGGGCUGAAAUCGCAAACCUGGUGCGUUCGAGAAUGGAAUCAUUGAAUCUACCUGUUGCGGACUAUGAUGACGUCUCGGAGAAACGCAACAGCCUGUCCUACGUUAUCAUCAAUCCGAGCUGCGACCUAAAACUGGAGGAGGGCGACAUAGUCUAUCUCGUGAGGCCGAGUCCGUUUUCAGCCCAGAAGACCUUCGAGCGUCACAAUUCACGGCGUAAGAGCAACAUCAGCUUUUGCUCGGCUCAGCUAGUCUCGCAGAUGAACGCAACCGUCGCCUCGGCUGGAUUUCCCGGUGGUCCGGGUAGCCGUCGAGGUUCAGCCAUUGGCUUGGCCAGAGCACCGCCAUUAGGUACCACCAAAUCGAACUCUUUGUCUCUUCCCGACAGUCCUACCGUAGCUGGUACACUUCGAGGCCGUUCAAAUUCCCUGAGAGUCGUCGACGACAUUCUACUGCGACGUAGCAACUCCUUGAGACAAGGACUAACGGUUUCAAGGAGGAAGAGCAGUCUGGAAGACAUCGGGCUGGGCGCUCUCUCGCAUCCUACCAAUCAUAAUCCUAUAAAGAUCGCGCUGAAUGGAUCCAUCGGUUUGGAAGUGACACCGCCCGAGGAAGGUUCUUUGGGUGGUGGUAGUGCCAGUAAUACGGGCAUACUCGACGUCGGUCUCCCAUCCAUGCCGAGUCUUGGCGUUGGAGUUGGAUUUGGACCGACGUUAGCUCCUGGGCUCUGUAGUUCCUUAGGCGGUCUAUACGAUCCGUCAACUCUUCAGAGUCCAAUGGUGCAAUCACCUCAAUCGCCGCAAAUUCAGGCUGCCACGCAGGAUCCACAGCACAUACAGGGGACGAUAGUAUGAUAUAACCUUAUGUGGGGACGCAGACUCUCUGGCGUAGUGCGAAACAAAUGGCUCUAGCGUUCCCACAUUAGGUAUUAGAAUCGUACGUCGUUAGCGAGCGUAGCGUGUUUGCCCGUAAUGAACCAACCAGUGGAAGCACCCGAUUCACUCAAAUGGCUUGGAAUUGCGAUGGAAAAUGUGCAAACCGCAUUGCGUCUUUUCCAUCGUCUUCCUAAUCCGAAUAGAAUGUAGACGAACCCAAGUAGAUACUCUUAUGAUGCAGUAAUAUUUCCUUACAGUUACUCGAAGCGAAUUACAAACUGUGAUAUACUAUACUUUCGUAUACGUUGCAUUAUCUCGUUGCGACUAAUUUUCCAAUUCGACGCAUUUUAUUACUUUUUUUUUUGUUUUUAAUUUCUUAACAAAACAAAAGUAUUACGAUUAAAGAGAUAACUUCAUUUUUUCAUUGAAUAUUUGAUAUGUGUUCAGUAAAACAAGAUAUAUAUUUAUAAUUGUCGAAAGAAAACAUUUUUCGAAAGAGAACGAUUUACUACUGUCAUCACAAACUAUAUACUUACAAACAGUUGUUUGCAUAUUAACGUGGUAUGCGAAACGAGAUAUCUUUCUGUCGAUCGUAAAUGGUCAACGUGAUACGACGUUUGGAGCAAAUGAUACACACAUAUAUAUGUGUGUGUGUGUGUGUGUGUGUGCGCGUGUGCGUGUGCGUGUGCGUGUGUAUGUGUAUGUAUGUGUGUGUCAGGCUCAUAACUAGAAAGAACCAAAGAAUAUUAACGUGAUCUAUUCAUCAUUUGAAAAGUCAAAACUUUUGAUCGGUGACAAAUAUCUAAUUUGAUAUUUCUUACGUACAGAGACAGCAAAUUAUGAUGAAAGAGACUUGAUAUAUUUGACAAAUUAUUACUAAUUUUAUUACAAGUGAUUUAUAGUUUUCUGUAUAUGCGAGAUAGUGAAUUCGAAAAAGAAAAAAAGAAAUUCGAAUUAGAUAAAUUUUGUCCGAUCAAUUUGGUACAUUCUCGAUUUCAAAAAACAAAGGAUAUUAACGUGAAUAUCCCCUUAGCGAAAUUCCAAAUAAUUUUAUACUAGGAGAAUUUACGGCGAGAGUAUACAAGAUACAAAUGAAUAUAUAUAUAUAUAUAUAUAUAUAUAUAUAUAUAUAUAUAUAUACAUAUAUAAAAGAGAAUAUAUAUAUAUAAUUAUAAAUAUAAAAUAGUAUAUAUAUGAUUAUAAAUAUAAAUCUAUGACCAUUCUAAUCAUAUCAGUCGAAAAUGACAUUCGAACAAGUCAUCGUACUAUACGUAAGUAUAUUAAAACAAAAAGAAACAAGUAGAAAUGGCGUAGAUGCUUAAGGUACGUAAAAAUUAAAGUUUCAACAGGAUUCGGAAAAAUGCUUUUCAUUAGUAAAGUUUCUAUUUUCAAAUCUGAUCCGAAAUUGUACGAACGAUUCGAUCAAUGUGAAAGGAAAUUCAAUCGUAAAGAGAACAAUACAAAUGUUUCUUCAUCUCCUGUAUUAAUUCCAAAGUAAAUUAUAACGCAUAUUGAAAAAUGAUAAAUUUUAUGGGCACUCGUCCGUAAAAAAAUUAUUUAGCGUUAGCAAAAGGAUGUUCCUGCUUUAUUUGGACAAUCCGUUUUGUUAGUUAGUUCGGAAUCCAUGCCAAUCCUGAAAUGUCUUUAAAAGUCUAUUUUUUGACUUUUUCAGCGCCAAAUCCACGGCGUUUUAAGCCAAAUGCGAUCGUUCGUUGACCAAUUUACACGUUUUUUCGACCAAAUCGUCAUCCUUCGCGCGAUACGUAUUUCCAUAUUGCUUGAAAAUUGCUUUUAAUAGCUCUCCCAGUAACGACGCCACGAUUUCAAUCAGUCGAAUUAGUUCAUCUCGUAUUUGUCUCGUUAAUGCGAUAAUUCUUACCAAUUACUAUUAUCGAUUUUAUCGUACUCUGCAACAAGACGAAUUUCACAGGAAAAGCAAAAUAAUUUAUUAAUAACUUGCUUUAUACAACUUUCUCUCUAUCUCUUUUUAAUAUCAUACAUACAAUAGACAAUAUUUUAUCCUAAACAAUGUUCAUAAUAAAUUCUAUAAAAAAAAAAAAAGUACACAGAUUUUGAAUUAUCGCAUUGCUUUAUAAAUCUUCGAUUAAUCAUUUUAUUAAAAGAAAAAGAUGUUCAACAUUAUAAUUUUAUUGUUGGUGCAAUGCGAUCCUGCUUAUGAUCGGCGAAUGAACUUUUAAUUUCAUAGAAAUCGGCAUUUAAAUAUUUUAAACAUUCUUAUAAAACAUUUUUCUCGAUCUCUUCUUAUAUUCGCUUUUCUCACAUUCGCUCGGUACAUUUUUCUCGUAAUUUAGAACUAAGGAGAUCAGUGUUGACUAUUAAGAAAAAAAACGGAUCAUCUUCGUUGGAACGAUUAAGACUCGCUAGUGUUUUGUGUAUAUAUAUAACGUAUAGGUAUAUAGCACAUGCGUGAGGUAUUUUUCAGUAGGAGGUAAUUUUCUAUGUCAUAAAUCGUAAAAGCUCGAAUAAAAAAGAUUCAACAAAUUCAUGCGACUUCAUCUUGACGUUAAUGCGUUAAGAAAAUUCUCGCGGAGUCUUAUAUAUUUUUUCCGAAGAGCAUAUUUAAAAUAGUCGCCGAUGAGUACGAGGAAUCGAAAAAAAAGAAAACUGUUUGAUGUUAUCAACCGGACGAAUUAAGGGUAUAAAAAGAUUUAAUUCCAAAAUCUCUAUUGGAACUCGUUUGAGUUAAAAUUUAUUGUCGAUCGUUAACAGAGUACAAAUGAAAUAGUUAUUUUUCUUUUCUUUCCUCGCUCGAAUAAACGUUUAUCGCUUGAUUGCUCGCGCGUAGCUCGAUUUUCUCGGAAAAAAAAUCGAUUGUCAUGUUUUACCUUCUAUUUAUCGAUACUUACAUUGAUUUAAAAUAGUUAUAAACCUUUUUGAGGACUAUAACGAUCGACCUCAAGGUACGUAAAAACAGAAAAAUGACGAGCGAACGACGAUAUCGGAUAUUUUACUUCCCUCUAGAAAGUGUAGAGAUUAUUAUGGACGAAUAAUUGAGUACUGAAAAAAUAAAUUUAAAAGUUUAUCCGCGUACCGUAAUUCGUUGUCACGAUAGCGAUACGAGUGGUAGUUCAAAGAUGUAUAUAGUUGAUUAUAUAUCUAGACGAUAGGAUCAUCUUACAAACAUAUGACCUGAAUCUUCGUAGUUUAAUUGGUAUGAAUAGUUGAAAGAAUUUUAUGCUGUAAAGGACGACCGCCCAAACGAUGUCCUGAAUGGGAAAACUUCGAAUGUGUUUUUUCUAGUAAUUUAUAACUUAAGUAAUUCAGAUGUAUACAAAAUUAUAAAAGAAAAAAAAAAGAGGAGAAGAUAUUAUCGCUUGUUCGAAUAAGCUCGAUGUCUUCGUAUACUUACAAUAUUCAUUCUAAGAUAAAUCUUAACAUUUUAUGAUAACAAAAAAAAAACAAAACAAAACAAAA